CCUUCCCCCCUCCACACCCCCUCCCUGGUAAUUGUCGUUUUUGUUUUGGUGUCGGGUAACUGCAAUUGCUGAAUCGGAAACAAUAAUGGCGGUUCCUUCGAUGGUAUCGGCGACGGCUCCGGCCUCGCUUUACGUUGGGGACCUGCACCCUGACGUCACUGAUGGACAGCUCUUUGAUGCAUUCUCCGAGUUCAAGAGCCUCGCCUCCGUUCGCGUUUGUAGAGAUUCCUCCUCUGGCAGGUCUCUCUGUUAUGGUUACGUCAACUUUAUCUCUCCACAGGAUGCUAUCCAGGCUAUUGGGAUGAUGAAUCACACUGCCUUGAAUGGAAAAUUCAUGAGGGUCAUGUGGUCACACCGUGAUUCUGAUACAAGAAAAAGUGGAAUAGGAAAUGUGUAUGUUAAGAAUUUGAGUGAGUCAAUUGAUAAUGUGGGGCUUCAAGACUUAUUUGGCAAGUUUGGGACUAUUAUAUCUUGCAAAGUUGCCAUGAAUGAGGACGGGAAGAGUAAAGGCCAUGGCUUUGUUCAGUUUGACUUAGAGGAUUGUGCAAAUUCUGCCAUUGAGAAGUUAAAUGGCUCCAUUGUUAGUGAUAAGCAGAUAUAUGUCGGAAAGUUUGUUAAAAAGAGUGAUCGAGUUUUGCCAAGCCCUGAUGCUAAAUAUACAAAUAUAUAUGUGAAAAACUUGGAUCCUGAAAUCUCAGAAGAGGUUCUGCUGGAGAAGUUCGCUGAAUUUGGGAAAAUAGUCAGCCUGGUGAUUGCAAAGGAUGAAAAUGGAGUCUCAAGAGGAUUUGGUUUUGUCAAUUUUGAUAACCCAGAUGAUGCCAGAUGGGCCGUGGAAAGAAUGAAUGAAACAGAACUUGGUUCAAAGGUUCUUUGUGUAGGAAGGGCACAAAAGAAAGCAGAGCGUGAACAUAUUUUGCGUAGUCAGUUUGAAGAAAAACGUAAGGAUCAUAUCAUGAAAUACAAGGGUUCAAAUGUAUAUGUGAAAAACAUCGAUGAUGAAGUCACUGAUGAAGAGCUAAAAGAACACUUCAGCCAAUGUGGUACGAUUACGUCUGCAAAACUUAUGAGAUAUGAUAAAGGAAUAAGUAAGGGGUUUGGAUUUGUAUGCUUCUCCAUGUCUGAAGAGGCCAAUAAAGCUGUGAGCACCUUUCAUGGUUGCAUGUUUCACCGCAAGCGACUGUAUGUGGCUAUUGCUCAAAGGAAGGAGGAUAGACAAGAACAAUUGCAACUGCAAUAUGCUCACUGUAUGGCUGGAAUAGCUGGACCUUCCACAGCUUUUAUUCCUGGUGGAUAUCCUCGCCUUUACUACACAGCCCCUUCUGGUGUUGUUUCACAAGUACUGCCUGGGCUGAUGUACCAACCUUUGGGUAUGAGGCCAGGAUGGAGGGCUAAUGGCUUUGCUCCUCCAACCAGACCAAACUUACAACCAUCACAACUUCCAGUAAUGUCUAAUACUCAAAGACAACACAAGCAGAACAGAGGACGGAUAAAUGGCCAUGUUUCCCCCCUUGGUGGUAAUCACUCUGUCUCGUAUAUUGAACAGCCCACCCAAUCACCAACUUCAUCAAAAGGUCCAAGCAACCAGCGGCCUGGGCAGGCUAAGUAUGUACCAAAUUGUCACACUCGUGAAGUGGGCAAAGGAUCUGGAGUCUUAUCUGCUGUUCCCACUUCCCUCAGCCCUGUGUCUCAAGGAUCAGAGAUGCUUAAUAGCAUGCUAGCUGCUGCUUCCCCUGAGGAGCAAAAACAGAUUCUAGGGGAGCAGCUUUACCCACUCAUUAAGAAACACCAGCCUGAUCUUGUUGCAAAGAUUACGGGAAAGCUUCUGGGGAUGGACAACUCAGAACUGCUUCUAUUGUUGGUAUCGCCAGAGUCUCUGGCCGCCAAGGUGGAGGAAGCCGUGCAGGUGCUGAAGAUCACUAAAACAAAAGUAUCUGGUCAAGACACUCCUCAUCCAAGCUAUCUUUCUGCAUAGUGACAGGGUAAAAAGUCUAGAGGUUGUGGUGCGGCUUGGCUCCUUGACAGCAAAAUUUUUGACACUCAACACAAGUGGAUCUCCUUUUUUCUGUACUUUAACUUCAAGUUUUGCAGCACAGGAUUUUGUCAAUUCCAUGAACUGUUAUAUUUUGGUCUUAUUGAGAUCUAUCAAUAAGAGUUGGGAAAACUUUCGUAUUGUGUUA